AGUAAAUUGCAUUUUACUGUGACCACCCGCUUACACGGUUGCAUCGAUGUGUGUUCUUCCAAUAUUACCAUAGUAACCCGCCCCCUGGGGUAGCAAACUUUGGAGCGAACUUGACUACCUUGAUACAAGUAGCUACUAUUUAUGGAAACUAAACAGCGAUACUAUAUCCGAUUGUUCCGCUAUAAGAAAUAAAUGGAUUUGAAAAAUAUCGACCCUUUGUCGCUCGAUGAUACAAAUGACGAGAACAAGGAUGACAGUAAGGACCAAGAGAAGAGUGUUUCGCUUUGGGAGCAUGAAGCGCUUUCCCAGAUUCCCAUCAAGGUGUUCAGGGGUCAUACAGAUGCUGUCAGCAACUGUCACUUCUGUUUUGAUGACACAAGAGUCCUGACCAGCUCCCAUGACAAGACUGCCACACUCUGGGAUUCUGAUACUGGGACCUCCCUCCAGGUUUUCAAAGGUGUGCAUAAAUCUGCCAUCACUGAGUGUACCUUGGUUCCGAAGAAGAACAGGCUCAUCACAGCAUCGUUGGACAAAACCCUCGUUGCCUGGGACCUGGAGACAGGAAAGAUAAUAUGGACAGCACCUCAUGGAGGCUUUGUGACGUCCUGCAGCGCUACGGGGGAUGGGAAGCUGGUGGCGUCCGCCUCAGACCAAGAGAACGCCAUCUACCUCACCAACACAGACACGGGAGAGCGGGUCUUUUACCUUAAAGGUCACCACAAGUCCACUAUUACUCAGUGCAGGUUUGAUCCACAGGGCCAGCGAGUGGCCAGCGUUUCUAACGAUACGACUAUCAAACUGUGGGACCUGGUAUCCAACAAAACCACACUGGCUAUAAAUAGCAACCACACUAAUGUGAUCUCCAGCUGCAGCUUCAACCACAACGGCCACUUGCUUUGCAGUGCAUCGUGGGACAAAACCCUGCAGUUGUGGGACGUCUAUCAGGGGACCUUUCGCUCCUGUGGCGGGGCCAUGCUGAGCAGGGGCCACGAAGGCAGCAUCAGCUCAUGUGUCUUCUCCAACGACUCCUCUCUCCUGGUGUCGGGAGCCUUUGACAGGACGGUGGCCGUGUGGGACAUGGCGGCCUUCUGCAGAACGCUCGUCUUGAAGGGACAUUUGGAUUGGGUGACUGAUGUGUCAAUCAGCGCUGACAAAAAGUGGGUAGCCUCUGCCUCAAAGGAUUCAACUGUAAGAUUGUGGAAUAUAGAGAACUCUGAACAGAUACCUGAAGUUAUUGAGAGAAGGAAAGCUCAAGGAAUGGGCUUUCACGUACUAAAGUGUGAGGAGUGUGGAAAACCGUUCUCCCUGUCGAGAGUGGAGACUUCCGACUUGAUCACGAAGUGUGUUUUCUGCCGAUUGAAGACACCAACCAGAUAUCAUCCACAGCCGCCUCCUCUCUUGUCUAUUAAUUAAAUUAGAAAAUCGUCUACACACUAUGACUAUGACAUAAUAAAACCU